CCGUUUUCGUUCAAAUUUUGCUAAACCGUUGAAGGAACAAUCUAAAAUUAGGAAUCAAAUGUAUAUCAAAAACCAAGAUUUAACUCUGUAGCUGUUAUAUUAUCAGGAUGUGGAGUAUUCGAUGGUUCUGAGGUAACAGAAACAAUAUCCAUUUUAAUAUAACUAUAAAAAAUGAACGUAAAAGUACAUAUGUUUGCUCCAAAUUAAGAUUAGCAUCAUGUAAUAAAUCAUACAAAUGGCGAAGUAAUGAAUGAAAAGAGAAAUGUAUUAGAAUAAUCAAAACUUUUCGGAUCUGAAGUAAGAGAUAUUAAGACUUUAAAUGCUGAAGAAUUUUAAGCUUUAUUAAUACCUGGAGGAUUCGGAGUAGCUAAAAAUUUAUCUAACUUUGCCGAAAAAGGAGAAGAAUUUACAGUUAAUGAAGAUGUUUCUAAAGCUAUAUAAGAUUUUAACAAUUAAGCUAAACCUAUUGGUGCUGUUUGCAUUAGUCCUAUUUUAAUAGCUAAGGUUUUGGGAGAAAAGAAGCCAAUGAUUACAUUAGGCAAGAGAUAAACUGAAAAGGAUAAUAAAUGGCCUCAUUCUGGAGCAAUUGAUGUAGCUGAAAAAUUAGGUGCUACAACUAUUGAAAGAAGUCCUUCUGCUUUUUAAAUUGACUUCAGUAAUAAAAUUAUUACUUCUCCUUGUUUCAUGUAUGAUGGAUUUAAAAAAUUUAGUACAGCAAAUGAAGGGAUAUAAUUAGUUUGCUAAAUUAUGGAAUAAAUGCAUUAUGGAAAAAAAAUUGUUUUAAAUGACAUUUUUUAAAAGUAAAAUGAAGCAAGAUUAGAAAGACAAGGAUAAUAAGCUUAAUAAUAAGGAUUUUAAGGCUAAUAUUAAUAAGGAUAUUAAGGUCAAUAAUAAGGAAAUGAAAGCAAUAGAAAUUAUAGAAACUAAAGAAAAUAAAAAAAUGAAUAUUAAGAAGAGGAUUGAUUAUAUUUUUUAAAAAUAUAUAAAAUGGUUUUAUAUAUGUAUUUUCUUUUUAGUUAUAUAUUU